GUCAACUUGGCUGGGUCAACCACUACACUAUAUGUACAUAUAUCGUGAAACGUCUAAUUAACUCAUAAUGAUGUGUGUACUAACGUCAACGCCUAACUAACUUUGAACUAACGCCUUUAAGUCAUAUGAACCUGAACGUUAAGAACGUUGAAAAGAUGGCUUCAAAAAACCACGAAAAUACGAAACGCAUUCGAAAACGGGGCUACACUUCUCGCAUUUAUAGCGACUACGAGUUGCUUUGGGAACUUGGACGUGGCGGUUUUGGCAUUGUGUGGGCCGCCCAGAAGCGUGGUACAUCCUCUAAGAAUCAGCGAUUCGCUGUUAAAAGGACUUUCGCAAAAUACGAAACUGAGGACCAUCAAGAUUUACGCGAUAUGGAAAAAGAAAUUGAGGCAUUUUCCCACCUACGAGUGUAUCAGCAUCCUAAUAUCAUCCCGAUUUUUACUACAAUCAUCGAGACCCCUUCGGACGGUAUUGAUCCGGUCGAGUUAUUGGAUUCAUGGAAGGUUUUCGGCGGUGUGGGAAAAUAUUGUCCGAUCACUAUCGUCACUGAAUUUUGUGAACUGGGUACCCUCGAAGAUUGGCUGAAAAAGAACGACAGCAAAAAUAGAGAUGUCAAUUUUCUGCUCGAUUUCGCCUCCCAGAUGACGGACGGGUUGCGAUUUUUGCACUUCAAAGGCAUCAUCCAUCGGGACCUUAAGCCCAGCAAUAUGUUUCUCAAUAAGCUUUCUAACUUGGCGGAUGAGAAGGAAAUUACAUUACUGAUGCUGGGAGAUUUUGGUCUGUCCAAAUGUGUGGGACAAAAUGUGUUGGACGAGGUGAGCAGAAAAACAGGUAAACUUAACUUGCAAGGAUACUCAUCUGGCAGCGGAAGCUCCACUUUCGGAACUUUAUUAUAUCGCAGUCCGGAUCAAGAAGACAAUUAUGGCUUCGAAGUAGACGUGUAUGCAAUGGGGCUUAUCGUGGCAGAACUAUUUCUUCCUUAUCCAGCAAAACUGGUGCUAGAAAAACUCAAGGAAUUCACGAGUGGGGAGGCGUGUACUCUUCCAGGCGAAAUUAACUCCGCCAAGAUCCCCGCGCCUUUGUUGGAACUAAUUUUGCAAAUGAUGUCGAAAUCGCCACAAGAUCGACCCGACUCAAGCGCAGUUCAUUCCAGGAUUUUGGAAAUUAUUAGGGCCACGUUGCUUUUACCUGUUGACUAUUAUAUUUUCCCGCUGGAAAGGAAUAGCCGACGUCGCGAAACUUGGAUUGAACGACCAGAACUUGCACGACUUCUUUAUUUAUAUAACGAGAAGAAAAACCAUGCCGUGGUAUUAAGUGGGCGAGCAGGAUUUGGGAAAAAAAAUUUAGCCCUACAAUUCAUUCAAAAGUUGAUGAUAAGUGAGAGUGGGACGUCGAUAGUUUGGAUCUCUUUGGAGGACAAGGGCACAUUUUUGUAUAAGCUUCAGCUAUUGGGGCGACGGUUGAAAGCGAAUAUAUCACAGUGGACAGUGGUUAUCCGUUCCCGGUGCCCGACAUGAUUUCCAUGAUCCACGACGCCUUCCGUGCAGUCAAGGAAAGAGGGUAAAUUAAGCAGGUUUCACUUAACAAAUAAGCAAUGGCCCAGCUUUAUGUGAUCUGGCCCACCGUGGUUACAAACACUUAAAAGUGAAGGUUAUUUUAAAUUCAUAGUUAUAGAUUGAAGGAGUUCCUCUUUGGCAUCCAACCGUGCACAACGUGUCUCUCUCUCGCUCUGCAACUGGAUUCUCUUCCAUCUGGGUCGCGGGUGUGCCAGGGCAAGUAAAGUGUGUCCCAAGGCCUUAUCGCCAUGUGAGCCUCGUCCACUCACACCCCCACCUGCGUGCCUGGUGACACCCCCCGCCACACCCGUCCCAGCAACGACAAGCUGAGCCAUCAGGCGAAGAUGGAUUGCGCCGGACUCUGUGCACGGGAGGAUCUACGCCAGGAGGACUCCCCCAGGUAGGUCAUUGUUGGGUAUGUCGGGGUGGUGACCGUGGGGGUGCUUGGUGGAAGAGUGAGGACGGGGUCGUGCAUGGCGGUGGGCAGCGUAGUCGGGCCUACGGGGGUCCCAUGUCCCGGUUGUGUUGUGAGGGGUGAAGGGGCAAGUGGGUAGUGUCACUCGGCCCUGGUCACAUUGCGUGGCCGUGAAGGGGACACAUAGCCCGUGCCCGUGAGGGCGCUAAGGUAUUUCGUGGUCCGUGGACGCCCCGCCCAACAACCUUCACUCAUCUUGCUUCCGCCGUCACGACGCCGUCCUCAUUUGGAUAUCACCACUAUCUCAUAGAAUCUGCCUAUGAUCUCUAUCGUUCAUUGUCCUAUCUGGUGUCCAGGUAGUCAGAGCCGAAUGGACCUCUGGGCCACAUUCCCAGAGGUGAUGGAGGUUUUCCUAACUCUCCACCAUAGUUAGGUUUUUCCUCCAUUCCUCUGACUACCUAUUUGGUUAUCUAAACAUUUGCACAUAUGUACAACUCUGUAACUCUGUAAUGAUGAGGGCCUCGGCCAUAUCAAAUGAGAAAUAAAUCUAUCUAUCUAUCUAUCUAUCUAGUUAUAGAUUGAAUAAUUUAAAUUUGGCGGAAGACUUUGAACAAAAUUUAUCAUACGGAGCUAACUUUAGCUCCCGAUCGGCUAAAUAAAGCCGGAGCUAAAUUUAGCUCUUCUUCGGCUAAAUCUUACCCUCUUUCCUUGACUGCCGUGGCCAAAAGUGGAUCCUAGUUCUUGACAAUUGGAUACUCCGGCGUUCCUUGGAAAGAUCCGUGCUACUUGAAAUGAUCAAACUGCAGCAAAACGACAACCAUCCGAAUAUGCCUUUCCUUCUCGUAACUACUCGGGAGCCGGGGAUUGUUCAAGCUAUGAAUGAAGAUCGGGAACGAUAUAUCGGAAAGGUUUUUCCAGAAAAGUAUACCACUUUAAGGAUUGCCCAAAAACGUUGGCUUGGCGUUUAUCCAGACGUCAACAUUGUCGAGGUUGCGCUCCCCCUUUGCCCCUCGUUUGGUUUGGAAUAUCUCUCGCGGCUAUUACAAAUGCCCCAAAGUUGUGCCUUGCUUUUCAAACUGGGCCACCUGUUGAACUGGAAUCCGCUCUCAUUGCGCUUAGCAGGAUGUAGUAUUGCCUUGAUGGCGCCAUCGGUUUCCACUCUUGCCGGUGAAACUGAAGUCGAAAAGUAUCUGGCACUACUUCUCGAAAAAUUUGACAAAUAUGGCGGAAAUUUUAAGCAAGUUCCACCAUUUCACGGACAUUCUCUCAGAACAAUGCGCAGAUACACGGAGGAUUACACACUUUUAGUGGUUCUAUAUCUCACAAUGUGUCAAAUUGAAGGGGUUCUUUCCGGCCAAGAGGAACUCCUUGCAUGCGUCCAUUCGAUACAGUCAGACCUGCUUACGUAUAUUUGGCCUAGAUUAAACAGUACGAGAAAUGAGUUUGGAACAAGAGAAGAAGAAGCUCGCAACAUUUUAGAAACGUUUGGCUUAAUCACAAAGUGCGAAGAGAGCGGGAAAUACUUUCACAUUUGUGGGAAUCAUUUGGCCCAUGCGACAAGACAUAUGGACGAUUUGGAGAACGAGGAGGACGAAAGGGUCGAAGUGGGCGAAAGUUGGAGGGGUUAUAACAGAUAUAACUGGCGAAUUUGAGCCAUAUGUACCUAUGUAAAUAUUUCUUCAUUCGAUAUUCAUUUAAUUAUGAAUUAGAUAAAGUAUUCAUUCAUUACUAGUUUAUCCAAAAUAUGAAAAUCAAUAUUUAUGUAUUAGGUAGUUAUUCUGUAAUCAUUUUUGUAUUCAUUUUAUCUCAAAUUUGCUAUAUGCAGUUAAUGUGAAUAGAUGGAUUUCUCUAUAUACCCAAUGUGUUAAAAAUAUGAUGAAUA